GUGUGUAUGUGAUUCAAAAAUUUUCAAAAUAUGAUUAUCGAAACCAUUGGAAAUUUAUUAUGGUCAUCGAUUAUAUCGAUAGUAUCAAUAUUUUCAUUAAUUAUAUCAUCAUGGACAACAUUGAUUUUGCUGUCAUUACCAUUAUUAUUAUCAACCAUUAUAUUCAUCUAUUAUUGGCCAUCGAUACAUUCCAAUUGGAAUCGUUUACAUCUGGUGAAUCAAUUACCUGGUCCAAAAUGUACCAGUAUAAUAAUGGGAAAUAUUCCAUAUGAUUUAUUAUGGAAUUCAUUGAUAAAUUCAAUGGAUUAUAAAUUAGUCAUUAUUAAUCUUAUGUCAUCAGUAACUGGCUAUACAAAUGUUUAUCAGAAAAUGAAAUUAUUUCGUAUAUGGAUUUCAUGGGAACCAUUAGUAUUUGUUUGGCAUCCGGAUACUGUGGAGAAAAUUUUAUCGAAUAAUUUUCUAUUAGAAAAAUCAACACAAUAUCGUUUUCUUCAUCCAUGGCUAGGAACAGGAUUGCUUACAUCGGAUGGUCAAAAAUGGCGUACCCGUCGUAAAAUGUUGGUGCCGGCAUUUCAUUUUAAAAUUCUACAUGAUUUCAUACCGGUAUUCAAUGAACAAUCAAAAAUUCUAAUCGAACGUUUACGUUAUGUUGCACGACAAAAAUGUUCAAAUUGUACGAUUGUGGAUAUUGUACCAAUUAUCACUGCAUGUACGUUGGAUAUUAUUUGUGAAACAAUUAUGGGCGUAUCGAUUGGUGCACAGAAAUCGACAAAUAAUAAAUACUGUAAAUCUGUUAAUGAAGUUGGUGAAUGUUUCAUUGAACGUUUAAUGCAACCACAAUAUUGGUUAGAUCAAAUUUAUUAUCGUUCAGAAUCUGGUCAGAAAUUUGCAACAAAUUUAGUGAAACUACAUGAAUUCACAAGAAAAGUUAUACGUAAUCGUAAAGCACAAUUAUUGAAUUGUAAUAAAACAAUACGAUAUAAGCCAAAUGCAAAUGGCCAAGCUGAAAUUGAACAAGAAGAAAAAGAUCAUCGUAAAGCAUUUCUUGAUCUAUUAUUAGAUCAUCAUAUAAAUUCUAAUGGUGAAACAAUGACUGAAGAAGAUAUUCGUGAAGAAGUUGAUACGUUCAUGUUUGAAGGUCAUGAUACAACGGCCAUGGCAUUAUCAUGGAUAUUAUUCAUGCUUGGACAUCAUCCAGAAAUUCAAGCACGUGCUGCAGCUGAAAUUGAUUCCGUAUUCGAUGAUAUAAUUGAUGAUAAUGAACAUCAACAACAACAAUUGAAUUCAUUCGUUGAUCAUACUAAUGAUUAUCGUUCAUCAUCGACAACAUCAUCAAUGAUUAAUAAUCAUAAUGAUAAUUUUGAUGAUAAUAUCCUAUUAACAUUGGAUAAGAUUAAAUCACUUAAAUAUCUAGAAUGUUGUAUCAAAGAAGGUUUACGAUUAUUUCCUUCUGUACCAUUUAUUGGCCGCCGUUCACAUGAAGAUCUUAAAUUGAAUGGCUAUCAUGUUCCAAAAGGAACAAUUAUUUUUGUCUAUAUUUAUAUGUUACAUCGUGAUCCGGAUGUAUUUACGGAUCCAGAGAAAUUUGAUCCAGAUCGUUUUCUACAGGAAAACGCUGCAGGUCGCCAUCCAUUUGCAUUUGUACCAUUUUCAGCUGGUCCAAGAAAUUGUAUUGGACAACGUUUUGCAAUGUCUGAAUUGAAAGUAGUACUUGCUUAUCUUUUAAGAUAUUUUCGUUUUGAAUCCAUAGAUGAACGAGAUAAAAUAUUUGCCAUGAUGGAAAUGGUUUAUCGACCAAAAUCACCAUUACGAUUACGUGUUUAUGAACGACGUAAAGCUGAAGUUUUUGAACAUAAUAAUCAUCAUUUAAAUAAUUUACGAACAACAACAAACGGUAGAAUAACGAUGGAAUUAUUAAUGAAAUCAUCAUCAUCAUCAUCGUCAACACCAAUAGAAAUAAAUAGCGGAACAAAUAGUGGGCCAAAUUCAUUGACAGAUCUUGGUGUUGGUAGUAGCCAUGAUGGUGAUGGUAGUCAAAGUCAACGAUCAGAUAAUCAUAGUGAUAAUCAAAGUGAAAAAUCAUUACCAAUCUAA